ACCUGUGGCUACUCCUUAGCAAAGACAGGGACGGGGGCAAGCUAAGCCGGUGUAGAUGCCUACAGAUGGGACGAAGAUCCCAUUAGAGCUAGAUGAGUAUGGAGGUUUGCCUCAACAGGUCAAACGACAGAUUGUGGUCCAGUUGCGGGAGAAUCUCCCAGAUGCUUACACAUCAUGGGGACAGAUUGUAGAGGAUUUAUGGAGGAUGACAGCAAAGAUCAAGUUCAAGCAUGCACUUAGUGAGUUGAAAGCUAAGUGUGCAAGGAGAAACUUUCAAGUUAAGCCUUUAAAGUUAUGGGCGAGGUUUGUUUAUUUAUGGAUUGAGGACGAGGGUCAUUUGAAAAAGUCAAGUUCUGCAAAGGCUAAUCGAGCAAAUGGACUGAGGGUGACGUAUACUAGCGGUUCAAUGGACGUUAAUGUUUAUAGAAAGAAAAUGCAACAAGCAAACCCCGAGGGUCAUCUACUGACGUUUCCUGAGAUCUACACCAGUAGAAGGCAGCACAAAGGAAAAGGAAAAGACCAGCUACCUGUAUAUUGUAAUGAUGAGGCUCAAGAAAUUGGAGAAAAAUUGACAGCUGAAUAUGCUGCUAGGCAAGAGGAAGAAGGAUUUGACCCUACAAUAACUCAUGGUGAGUUAUUACUUAGGGCGACUGGUGGGAUUAAGAAAGGAUGGCUGAAAGGUUUGGAUAUUCACACACAUCCACAGGAUAUAGGUGUGAGCACAUCCAGAUGAGAACCAUUUAUGCCACCUAUCAUAGGACAGUCUAAUAGGGUUAUCGAAUUAGAGCAGAUUAUUGAAUCAUUGAAGGCAGAUAAUAGUAGCCUUCGAUAAUCACAGAUGACCCUUAUAGCAAAUAAUGAGAGCCUACGACA